AUGAAUCUUUUCUCUGAAGUCGAUGGUGAUGAUGAAGAAGAUGGAGUUGUGAAGAUUUCUUCUGCUGGUGUUGUGGUCGUGAUGGUGGAAGUUUGCUGCUUGAAGAAUCUCCAUUUGAUGAUUGGAUGGAUUGUUCAGAUACUGAUGAGGAAGCCACUUCCACUUCCCCCCACCAAUACUGUCUGUCGGCUGGUGGGCGUGCGUGCGUGGUCCGUUGACUCCGUGUCCAAGUCGAACUCAACUCAACCAACAGCGAUCAGCCAGUUCAAGUUCAGCCUGAACGUCGCGUGCUCUUUUAAUCUCUGUGUGUUCUUUUUACAAAAUAGUGAAUUAAUCAAGUGUGUUGUUUGUUGGAGUUCAAGAAUCGGCAGUCAAUGGAUACCUGUCGCUCUUGACGAUAGCCAUAGGCUUGUCAGAGAAAGAGGACGAUUGGCUAUGAGAGGGCUCGAAUCAUCAGCUGAGCUAUGGUCAUCGUUACCAGGAAAGAGGACGAUUGGCUAUGAGAGGGCUCGAAUCAUCAGCUGA